UAAGAAGCCGCGGUAGUUAUCGACGUUAUCGUAUCUAACCUCACUUUUAGAUAUUUUAAUUUUAAAUUAAAGUGUAAAGUGUAAAGUGUACUUUCUUUUAUGUGAAGUUCUUUAUUUUGUUUUGUUUGAUUAGCUAAUAUUCUGUUCCAUACCGAUACGAUGUCGAAGGCCAUAACAUUUGUAACUGGCAAUUCAAAAAAAUUGGAAGAGGUUGUUCAAAUUUUAGGAUCAGACUUUCCAAGGAAAUUAAUUAGUCAAAAAUUAGACUUACCUGAGCUACAAGGUGACAUUAAUGAGAUAUCUAUUCUAAAAGCUAAAGAAGCUUACAGGCAAAUAUUAGGACCUGUGAUUGUUGAAGAUACAGCUUUGUGUUUUAAUGCCCUAAAAGGCUUACCAGGUCCUUAUGUAAAAUGGUUUUUGGAAAAAUUAGGUCCAGAAGGUCUUCAUCAAAUGCUGUUUGGAUUUGAAGAUAAGUCAGCAGAGGCUGUUUGUACAUUUGCAUAUCAUCCAGGAUCUGAAAAUGACAAAGUAAUUUUAUUCCAAGGUAAAACUAGUGGCACCAUAGUCAGUCCAAGAGGACCAAGGGAUUUUGGUUGGGAUCCAUGCUUUCAACCAGAUGGGUAUGACAUUACUUAUGCAGAAAUGCAGAAGACAGAAAAAAAUAAGAUUUCACAUAGGUUUAAAGGUCUUGAUAUGUUAAGAGAUUAUUUUAUUAAAGAAAAUGUUGAAGUAAUGUAGUAUUUGAUUAGCUAAAAAUACCUUAAUUGUUGUAUUAUAUAAUUAGUAAAUUUAAUUAAAUACCUUAAUGCAA